AUUAUUUAUCAAAAUUUCUGUAAAAUUUUUAUCUUUCUGUUAGUUCACAAUGUCUGAAAAAUGGAUAUCAAAAAUUCUCGGUGAUCCCUACAGACCUUUAUUCACACAUCCUACCAAAAACAACCCUAGAUCUCUCAAAUUUUACGGUAGGAAUUAUUCGGUUAUUCCUAUAGUUAUGCUGGCCAUUGCAGACAUGUGCUGGUUAACAUUUUGUAGUGUUCAGGGUUUUAUUAGGACCAACGUAGUUCUGACGAGGUGGGACAGGACUCAAAGAGAUAUGAUCGACCUGUUGAUAAAACCGAGAAAUAGAAAGUUUUUAACUUUUAAUCAAACCUUCCCUGUUCAGCAAGAUCUGUACGAUACGUACAAAAAAAUGGAGGAGGCAGAACAAGAAGAAUGCGAGGAAGACUCGAUUCCUCCUCGACAAGAAGAAUGAAUUGAAGUCAAGAAAAUAUAAACAACUAUAUCAACAAAUAAAUGAUGUUUAUUUUUGUGGUUUUUAUUGUCUAAUAAAAUACUCUUUUAAAUGAA